UUUAAAGAAUUUUAGAUGCUUAUAACACUCAAAGAAGGUAAUUUUUUCCAGGAUAAAAGAAAAAUUGAAGAAGAACUGAGAUGUUUAUCUGAGCAAAUCUUGUCCAAACCACAAUCACCCUUGUAUAAAGCUAUGAACAACUUGUUGAUGUUUGAAAAGCCUCCAGAGGAAAUUAUGCCAACUAUAUGUGUCAUGUCUCUGAUGAAGAGAAACUUUCGUGAUAUGCGGUCUGUUCAGCAGCUAUGUGGAGUUGGUUAUGUUGGUUGCCUUUUCAAACUUUGGUCUAUACAUGGAGUGUUUUGCAAGUCCUUUUUAACCUUGAAAUUUGAAGAUCUAGAUCGUGAUAUUUAUGAUAAUCCAUUUAGUUCCCUGUUUAUUGGAAAUAUCCCAGUUAUUAAUGUAAGGAAAAAUCAGAAUUGGAAGCCACCUGUUAAGACAAAUUCAUAUUCUGCCUUAUGUUGGGAUACACAUUUUGUUAAGUUUCUUAAGACUAGAGCUUCACGAACAUCAACUCCGGACUCUGAGUAUGCUGAUGCAGUGGAAGUUCCCCAAGCUAGUGUAUCAACAGCUGCAGAUUGCUUGAAAGUUUUCCCAAUGGUAAUAGCAGAUGGUGGGAAUGCUUCACCAUUGAGUAAGAGCAGUGAUGAUAAUGAAACUAUUGAUGAAAAUAUUUCAGAAAAUGUUACUCUAGAAAUAGCAGCUGUUCCUCAGGGCUCUAAAAGUGAAUUAAAGAUUGAAAACAAAAUUGAUGACUCGAGCCAGCCUAAUGUUUUUCAGGAAUUAACCAUAGAAAGUCAAGAAAAUGAGAUUGGUGCUCCUGGUAACAAUACUACUCAUAAUAUGAGCAAGCUCAGUACAAGCAGUAACAGUAGUUGGUCUUCCAAGACCCCAUUAGACUUGUCUACUUUUGAGGAUAUACAAGAGGAAGAAGAAGUUCAAGAAGAUAUUGCUACAGUUCUGGGAGAGCAACCUGUUCCAAGGGUGGAUAUCCAUAACAGGAUUGUUAUUAGUAGAGUGUGCCGUUUGUCUGGAUUGGUGCAACAAUUCUGUGGUGUGUCUCACUGUCUUGUUCAUGCACUACUGUCUGGUCGGCUAGUCAUGCUAGCAGCAGCAGAUAAUUAUCGUCCUUUGGUCACACUUUAUGUUCGAGCUCUCUCCACCCUUCUCCCUCGCUCACUUAACAACCAACUUUCAGUGCUCAGGUGGCAUACAGGUACCAUUACGGAUCAUCAUUUGAAGCAGUUUCGUCUGAUGGGCAUAUGUAUUCCAGAGCGCCUUCAUGUCCAAGAUCUCAUGACAAAUUCUACUCUUAAUCAAGUGACGGUACUGAACAUCGAGACUGGCCACAUUUCAGGUGUGGCUUAUAAUGGUACACUUAUCCGAGGUGUUGAACAUUAUGGUCGCAAGCUUUUCCAUUCUACCUCGGCACUACAAGCUUCUCUUCAGUCUAUUUUAGUUUCACUUGGUCUUAAAGUAUACUUACUUUACCAUCUUAUGGAAACAACAAGUCGUAGUGGCAGUGACAUUCUAAAGGCCAUAGGAGUUACUAAGGGUGACUGGGAUAUUCUCAUAAACUUAACUGGAAUUGUGAAAAAACAGACUCAGAGUAAUUAAUAGUAUUAAAUACAUAAAAUGUAAACUUUUGGGUGAAAAAAUCUAAACUUUUACAGUUGUGUAAAUAUUGUUUCUGUGCAUGCUAUUAUUCUAUUGCAAAUGUA